GAUCUGCGACAGCGUAUCAAUGACGCUCAUCAUGGACAGAUCACUUCUAGAGAUCGGCGACAACGCCCGCGAUGUCCAUUUCAUUGACGAGUCUUGUGUUGGAUACGAUCACGACAGUCAGCAUGUUGCGAUCACCACCAUGUACAACAGAUGUGGCACAAAACAAGAGCAAGAUGAAGAGAAUGUAAUAUUUACCAACACGGUGACGUUUUACAAGCCAAGUCCAGAAAACGGAACCAUCAUUACCAGAGAACACUAUCUUCACAUCCCUGUGACUUGUAACCUUAAGAGAACACAGGUCCUUGGCGAGUCAUUCCUGCCCAAGACGGAGGAAUAUGUAUUCGACGAAGAAGGGUAUGGUGAGUUUUCACUCCGCAUGGAGCGGUAUACGAGCUCCAACUUCCAAACACCUGCCAACGACUCCGGACUAGUGACGCUCCGCACGCCCUUAUACUUUGGUAUCCACCUGGAUUCGGUAACAAACCUCACCCUUCUCAUCGAGUCAUGUUGGGCAACAGGAUCAUCUGACCCAAUGGAUGAUCAUCGCUAUGACAUUAUUGAAAACGGGUGUGCCGUUGACAGCACAACGUACAUAUACGCAGGGUUCCCUGCAACGUUCAAGGCAUUCACUAUCGCCGCUUUCGCUUUCAUUGGUGAUUACGAUAGGGUCUACGUCCACUGCUCAAUCCUGAUCUGUGACAACAACGACUCGGGCUCCCGCUGCACGCAAGGGUGCCUCUCACGAUCUCGUCGAGAUCUCCAGCCCGCCGGCUACCGGUCCAAACCCCAUACCAUCACCAGCGGUCCUCUUUCUGAUGCCUCGCGUUCCAGCAGGGCUAUGUUGCUUGAUACCGCCGAUGACGGACCCGAAUAUCAUGACCCUCUGAUGAUCGUCUCAGUGAGCGCCCUCUGUGUUCUCUUCUCCCUGACCGUCAUCAUGGCGCUGGUGAUUGUGCGCAUGCGUCGUCAUCGUCGUCCUGAACUAAUUGGCUAUCAGAGGGUGGAUACUACCGAAUAGGAUCAUAACACUUUUCAAUGGAAAUAAAUUACUUGGACUGUUGACAUAUCUCACUCUGAUUCUUUAAAUGUACCAUCAUUAUCGUGA